CACUUGGCCACCACACAGCACGCACCAAACGCGCCGCGUCAAACAGAACGGCCUUGAGACCUUUUAUCUUCCGUCCAUUGACACAGCCACCAUGUCCGAGACUGCACGUGAAUUGAACUUGCAGACCUCGUCGAGCUUUUGUUCGACAGGCGCAGCGAGCCAAUCAAUCACACCCCAUGAGGAGGCCUGUCCAAUCGUAAACGUGCAUUCCUCUAAUACGGUCAACGCGCACUGCGUACUCCUUAGGAUGCCGCUAGACAUCAUCCAUGAGAUUUUCCGCCACCUCUACCCCAUUGAUCUUCUCCGCCUAUCACGGACGAACAAGACUUUACGUGGCCAGCUGUUGUCGAGGAGAAGGUCGGAGAUUGUGUGGCGGACGGCAAGGCGGAACAUCAAAGGGCUACCAGACUGUCCGGCGUAUAUGAGUGAGCCCGCAUAUGCGAACCUCGCUUUCAAUCCAUACUGUCACAUCUGCUUCAAAUCUAGUUCGCGCGCCGAUGUCGCCUGGGAAUUCAAAACUAGGUACUGUUGUGAUUGCCAAUCCAGCAGAGACGUCAUCUGGCAUGUGUCACCUACCAGAAGCUACUUCGAGCGUACCCUCGGAAAGGACUCUGGCGUUGACUGGCGAUCGUCCGUGGUCUGCUAUUCGAGAAGUCAUAAACUAUAUCAAAAAACAGCAUGCGAACAGUUCGCGCAGAAAGUGCUAGAGUUACGUGACGACCCACAUGCUCUCGAUGUAUAUACAAGGGACAUGCAAAGUCACUCUAAGCUCGUCGCCCAGCAUGCGAAAGCGUGUAUCAAGUGGUACAAGCAAUUCCUAGAGAAGAGGCUACAGGAUAUCAUUGCCAGGCUCCGCGGGGAAGGCUGGGGUAUAGAUUUGGAUGAGAUGUCAAAGGGAAAAUUCGCAUUUCUACGGAGUGAUCCUAUUAUCCUGCUGCCUAAUGUUCUCAGUGAUCAUGAAUGGGAACAAAUCCGCGACUACUUUACCGCAGAAAUGCAGAAUUAUAGAGAGGCGCGGCUACGCAGAGAACGACCUGCGCUCAUCCACACGCGCCUCUUCGACCUCCACCAGGUCGUCCACAAAUACGCGCUUGGCGAUCGAAGGUUCCGCACCGUAGAGCAAGAGUAUGGGCCAAAGUUCUCGGACAUCGCUCUGAUGCCCGAGAUCCGUGCGCUUGUGGAGGCACCGAGCGACGUCGAGAUGCAAGGAAGGGACUUCCAGCGCGCAUGCUCUCAGCUCCCCACUCUUACCGAGCAGUUCGAUGCCAAGAGGAGAGGGAUACUCGCGAGUAUGCUCGCGCAGCGGCUUGGACGGUGGGCGCCGGAUGUUAGUGCUGUGGACACGGACGUCCUCGAUCUCGCGGUCGCAUGGUUCCACUGCGAGACGUGCAAGACAUAUCUACGGGUCCCUGGCGUGUUUGCUCACCGGUGCCAGCGGCAGUAUGUUCAUGACACAGAUCCCAAGGACUUCAAAGACCGAUAUGUGUACGAUGUCGCGAAGGUCUCGAGGUUCCAUGCGUGGUCGGAGACAGACCUUCGUCCGAUCAUCGACGAGGAUCUCGCGUCUCUCAUCGUUGCGUGCGGCCUCGACCCUGAUACGGCCACCGCGGCGCAGCUGGAUAGCCUCGAUGUGCGGUUGACCUGUACCACCCCACCGUCCUGGAGACGCAGGAGCGACAAGAAGCUCGUCAUGAAUUGGCGUAGGGCGGUCCUCUCACUGCCAGCCCUGCGUGAAUGCGAAACAGUCGGAUGGGAGCGCGUCUCCGAUGACGACAAGCGCCGUGCGCUUCCGAUCGAGAAGAAGGCGCGCGAGGCCACUCUGGACGAAGAAGUGAACCAGAUGUUUCUGCAAUGCGCGGUGUGCGACGAGUCUUGGUGGUCUCAAACAAGCUCGCACGGCGACCGUGAUCUCGUCUUGAAACAUCUCAGGAACCACCACGGCAUACCCCUGAUUGUACGGACAUUCGAGAGUGGGAAAUACAUCUAUACGCACCCCGAUGGCAUACCGGAGACCCCUGCAGUGUGGAUCCCAGUCGAGUAAACAGAUCGCAGUUGCAUUUAGUAUCCAAACUCGGCCUCCAUCUACAUACGAGUUGCGCUAGUGAGGCAUACGUACUCUAAACAUCGGACACAGUUUGAUCGUAUGAGCGUUGUAGUGCUACAAUACAGUCAUGUAAUCAUAGCAGCAUCGAGCAGAUAUUGGGGUGCCACUGAGUCGGCCUAAAAUCCGUUAGCUAGCUGUGGAUGAGUCCAAAAAGAUGAGUCGGCCCAGGUUCGAACUGAGGACCUUCUGUGUGUUAGACAGAUGCGAU